AGAAUUUUUGCGACUCGAACAUUAAGCGACGAUGCCUACUGGAAGAUCAUUCAAUUUUGGCUCACUAUUAAUUGUGACACUGCUCGCCAUUGUCGGCGGUGUGCCACAGUGGUACAACAGCACAGAUGGCAGGCAGUAUUUAAUAGACGGCGAUCGAAAGUAUAACUGGUUUGAAGCUCGUCAUGAGUGUGCUCGACGCAAUUUGCAGCUUGUCGAGAUUGAGACAAAGGAAAAAAAUGAAGCUUUGUUGGCGGUGCUGAAGCCAAUUUUCGGAAAUUCCUAUAAUCUGUGGCUGGGUGCAAUGGAUGAAUACAGUCGCGAUAAGAAUUUCGAGAGACCUUUCUAUUGGUCGUCCAGUGGCAAACCGAUGACCUUUUCGUAUUGGUCCGAUAAUAAUCCCGACAAUCAUAAGGAGGAUGAACACUGCGUUCACACAUGGGCAUCGAAAUCCAAUUAUCUCUGGAAUGAUAAUCGUUGUGACCACCAACGUUUCGGUUUCAUUUGUGAAGAUCAUUAUUUGCAUGCGGAGCAGCAAAAAAUGUUGAGCGAAAAAGUUCAAAAACUUAGGCAACCAAACGCCAAAUUAUUUGAAGAAUAUCAUCUUCAACAAAAAGAAUAUUCUGAGAAAUUAUCGAGCCUUUUAGCGGAGAACGAAGCGGGAGAAAUGGAAUUUAAAGAGGUGCUACAUAACAUUUACACAAAAUUGGAAUUUGAUAUAAGUCAUGCCUUGGCUCAACAUCAGAGAGAAGUCAACUCCCUGGUGGAGAAUAGAAAUGAGGCGGUGCAUAAACGAAAUGCUGAACUGAGAACUUUCAACGAGGAAAUGUCGAAGAAAUUUAGCAAAGAAUUAGAAGCUGCGAAGAUAGUUUAUGAUGAUGUUUUGACAGUUUAAGUUUAGCAUUUAAGCAGAUACAUUUAAAAUAAAAUAAAUUAGAUGUGAUAAGACAAAGAAAGAA